AGGCGGGGGGUCCGGGCCGGUGAAGCGCGGUCGCCAUUUUGUGAGGACCGCGCGGCCGACGGGGCGCAGGCUGGGCGAGAUGGUGAAGCUGUUCAUCGGGAACCUGCCGCGGGAGGCGACGGAGCAGGAGAUCCGGUCCCUCUUCGAGCAGUACGGGAAGGUGCUGGAGUGCGACAUCAUCAAGAACUACGGCUUCGUGCACAUCGAGGACAAGACGGCGGCCGAGGACGCCAUCCGCAACCUGCACCACCACAAGCUGCACGGCGUCUGCAUCAACGUGGAGGCCAGCAAGAACAAGAGCAAGGCUUCCACCAAGCUCCACGUGGGCAACAUCAGCCCGGCUUGCACCAACCUGGAGCUGCGGGCCAAAUUCGAGGAGUACGGGCCCGUCAUCGAAUGCGACAUCGUGAAGGAUUACGCCUUCGUUCACAUGGAGAGGGCGGAGGACGCGGUGGAGGCCAUCCGCGGGCUGGACAACACCGAGUUUCAAGGCAAGCGGAUGCGCGUGCAGUUGUCCACCAGCCGGCUGCGGACGGCGCCCGGGAUGGGAGACAAGAGCGGCUGCUACCGCUGCGGGAAGGAAGGGCACUGGUCUAAAGAGUGCCCGGUAGAUCGCCCGGGGCAAGUGGCGGACUUUGCCGAGGCCUAUAACGAGCAGUACGGAGCCGUGCGCACCCCCUACACCGCGGGCUAUGGGGAGACGGUCUAUUACGAUGAGGCCUACGGCGGGAUGGCCGACUACUACAAGCGCUACCGCGUCCGCUCCUACGCCACGGCCUCCGCGUACGACGCCUACGCGGAGCAGACCAUGGCCCAGUACUCCCAGUACGCCCAGUACUCCCAGGUCCAGUCCUCGGCCAUGGCCGCCACCACAGCCAUGGCCAGUCGCAUCCCCACCACCUUAGACGCGUACGAUAGAGCUCUGCUGCCGACCCCCGGCGCGGCGGCCGCCGUCGCCGCUGCCGCCACCGCCGCCGCGGCGGCCGCCUCCUCCACCUAUUACACCCGGGAUAGAAGCCCCCUGCGCCGCACGGCCGCCGCGGCCACCACCGUCGGAGAGGCCUACACGUACGAGCGGGGGCAACUGUCGCCGGUCUCCUCGGUGGCCCGGGCGUCCCUCUACGACAUGCAGCGGUUCGGGCGGGACCCGUACGCGGACCGGGCGCGGUACUCGGCAUUUUGAGCCGGAGGUAAGAUAUUUGCGGCUGGACGUCGGGUUCCCGUUGCUCACCGAAUUCGGCGCCGCGCGGCACGGGCUGCGCUCCGCUAACGAGCCGGUUCCUAACGGACGCUCGGCUUCUCCCCAGCCCGGGCUCAAAAUCCCCCCCUCCCCUCUCCCCCCCCCCAACCCCUGCUCCCAAAUCCCCGUCCUUCAGCUUUUUGUUCUCAGAAUGGCAGGAUUUGGCUUUUUCAGGUAGUUCUGGGGCCCCCGUCGUCCCCCCCUAGCUGGUCUAGGCUCAGGUCGUGAGCGAACGUAGCCGUAGCCGUACCCGUAGCCGCAGCGCCAGCUUCGCUUUGCUUUCCCAGCGCCGAUCCUUUUAUUUCGUAUUAUUUUUGAGGUUUGGUGUUGUUUUUUUUUAAAGAGGGUGAAUAAUUCACUCGUAGCUUUUUUUUUAACCCCAAACCAGGUCGCUGACUCCAGGCCCGGCGCGUUUAGUGUGUGACCCCCUCCCCUUCUCCCCCCAGUCCCACUUUUCCGGUAAAAUAAACUCAAAAUUUUUAACAAA